AUGUCGAAGCGGAAGCAACAACGCAAGGCCAAGGCGGCAGCUCAAGCCGCACCCGCGCGGACACCUGUUGGGUCGUCCGCAGCAGCUGAGAGUGCCACGUCAGCGUGUGACGACCAAUCAAAGAGUGCCACGCAGGCAGCUGAGCUACCGACUAGCGUCAGUGAUGCUGAUUCGUCGCAAGCAUCUUCGGCUGGUUGUAUUCCUGGAUCGGAAGUUUCGGCGAAUGAUGCGAUGGUGGGUGAGGAAGAGGACGAGUCGCCGACUCGCGUUGCCACGUGUCAUCACCACAAGGGUUUAGAUUUGAAGAAGUUCACUCGCGAGCUGAAGAAGCGCCACGUGGAUGCGUGCGAUCCGUGCAGCCAACACAGCCUCCGAAUGGCCGGCAGCAAGAAGAAGGAACAGGCGGCGCUUAUAACGGGUAUAGCGGAGGAGUCCCUCUGGGUGUGCCUGGUGUGUGCGCGAAGGUUUUGCGGAGAUGCGGUAAUGGCGGAAGGGGAUGCGGAAACAGGGAAAGGGGAUGGCGGAACGGAAGGGGAAGGGGAAAGGGAAGGCAUUAGCGCGCGGGAGAGCGGGCACGGGCACGCGCGGCAGCACUGGGGGCAGCUGAAGAGCCACGCGCUGAUGGCGCACGCGCAGUCCUUGCGCGUCUGGUGCUUCCGCUGCCACCGCUGCGUGCUGCUGCGCGCCGAUGGCGAUGUACGCCCGCAGGCAGAUGGCGCCGUGUGUGCGCAGGCGGAAGAAAAUUCGGUGGGGGAGGGGGCGGAGGGACAGGGGGAGGCGGGAGGGGGAGAGGCGCGGAGUGACACGUCAGCGAAUGCUGCGACCACCCAUGCGAGUGAAGGGGGGAGCGCUGCUGGGGGUAGUGUUGCGGGGGAAAGUGCGCCAUGGGCGCAAAGCCUCCCCUUGGACCAUCCGCUCCGCGAGUUCCUCCUGCUGCUGGCGGAGAGGCGCGCGGAAGUGGCGCGCGCUAAGGCAGCGGAGCAGAGCAAAAAGGGGUCGACGGAGGGCGAUGCGGGGGGGACAGCGGCGGAGACAGGGGAGAAGCGAGGGAAGGCGAAGGAGGGGCGAGUUGCGGUGGCUGCUGCGAAAGGGAGAGAGAAGAAGAGCGGAGCGGGGAAGGCGGGGGUGUCAGCUGACAAGGUAGAGAAGGAGACGGAAGAGAGGGAGAGUGGAGAUGAGGGGGAAGGGGAGGGGGAGCGGCGGGCAGGCGCGGGGGGCGAGGGGCCGGUGCGCGGGUUGAGCAAUCUGGGCAACACGUGCUUCUUCAACUCCGUCCUGCAGAACCUCGUCGCGAUUCCCGCUCUCCGAGACCACUUCCUCGCCAAUCCGGAGCUGCCACGUGUCGAGGCGCCCGCUCUGGCUGAGACGGGGACAGAGAGGCGGGGCGAUGGCGGAGGGGGCAAUGAAGGUGCGGAUGCGGAUGGGGGGGAUAAGGAGGGGUUAGAGGGGAAGGUCGGCGGAGGGCCGAAGAGGGGAGGAGUGAAGGUGGGGGGGAAGAAGAGGAGAUACAAGGGGCCCAUCGGAAUGGCCCUGAGGCGCGUCUUUGAAGACUUGAAUCCGGGCCUCGUCCCCGCUGCUGAUUCUGAUGCCGCUGGUGCCGUUGCUACUGCCGCCACAGGCAGCCAAUCGGAGGAGAGCAUCUGCAGUCCGCGCGGCCACGUGGCGAGGGGCAAGGCGCUCCAUUCGCGCAGAUCAACAGCCCGCGCGGGGGGAGGAGGAAAGCGGGGCGCGGGGGGGAAGCAUGGCAAGGGGGGCGGGGGAAAGCGGGCGCAGCAGCACGAGGCGGAGGGCAGGGGGGGAAAAGCGCCGCCUUACAACCCGCGGGAGCUGUUUGGCGCGGUGUGCAGGCAUGCACCGCGGUUCAGAGGGUACGAGCAGCAGGACAGUCACGAGCUGCUGCGCUGCCUGCUGCAGCUGCUGCAGGAGGAGGAGGACGGCACUGCUGCCACCGCUGCCGCUGCUGCCCGCAAGAAGAAACGCCAAGCUGCAUCCGCUGCUCCCCCGCCCCCUCCCCCGCUUCCCCCCCCGCCCCCGCCUCGCGCUAAUGGCCCCCCUCGCGCAUCUCCCCCUCCUCCCACCCCUCCUCCGCCGCCGCCCCCUCCUCCCCCCUCCGCCCCGCCGCCUCCCCCUCCUCCCCCCUCCGCCCCGCCGCCUCCCCCUCCUCUCCCAUCCCUCCCUGCGGCGAACGCUGCAGGAGGGGCAGGGGGGAAAAAGGAGGGGGGGAAGGCGGAGGGGCAGGGGGGUUCGGGGCCAUUGGCGGGGUUGAGUGCGGGGCUGGGCCUGGCCAUGGCGCGGCUGAGGCGCGUGGAGGGGGGCGCCGCCGCGGAGGAGGUGCAGCGAAUGAGGGAGGAGCGGGGGGACGAGGGGGGAGAGAGCAUGGGGCUGGGAUGGCUGGAGGGGGACGGGAGCGGGGAAGAGGCAGGCGGGGUGGAAGCAGGGUGGGAGGAAGAGGAGCGGGGCGAGGGGGAAAGCGAGGAGGAGGACGAGGAUGGGGAGGAGGCAGGGCGGGAUGGGGAGGGGGGACGCGGAGGGGGAGGGGGAGAGAAUGGGAAGAGGUUGAGUGUGGUGGAGAGGCUGUUUGGCGGGGUGCUGAGCAGCACAGUGGUGUGCUGCGAGUGCGGGCACUCGUCCACUGUGAGCGAACCCUUCCUCGACCUCUCCCUCCCCAUCCCUGUUGCGCCCCCCCCGCCCUCUCCCCGCACGCACAUGGCAGCGCAGAGCAGCAGGAAGGCGCAUGUUGGUGGGAAGGGGGCGGAGCUGGGCGAGUGGACGGCGGUGGAGAAGAGGGAUGGGAAAGGCGGGCGGGGUGGCAAGGGGGAGGCGGCAGGGGGAAGGGAGGCAAAGGCAGAGGAAAGAAGGCAGGAGAGAGGGGAGGGAGGGGCGGUGGAGGGGGUGAAAGGGAGUGUGGGCGAUGGGGAAGCGAGCAAAGGACCCACAGAGACUGGCACAGGCAGCAAUGAUUGCAGUGGCGUUAGCAGCGAUGUUAACAGGAACAGCGGUAGCAAUGGUAACAGUGGCAUCAGCAGCAGCGUGGUGGAAGCAACGCAAGCAGGUGCUGGGAAUGGUGAGGCUGCAGCAGAGGCUCGUGAUGUGGCAGGUGACGUGUCAAGUGGUGUGGCAGAUGGUGUGGCCGGUGACGUGGCAGGUGGAGGUGUGGAAGAGGAACGACAGGGAGCAGCAGUGGGAGAGGGAGAGGGGCGUGGAGGGGAUGGUGGCGAGGCUAGUAGCAGUGGCGCUGCUGUGAAUGGGAGCGCUGCUGAUGGGAUGGCUGCUGAGGAGACAGUUGGUGAGGGGAGAGAUGCUGGCGAGGAGGGUGGGAAGGAGCAGAGGGUGGGAGAAGAGGCGGGGGAGAGUGAUGGGAGUGCGAGGCAAGGUGAUAGCAGUGCAGUCACCGGCGCCUGCAGCGGGGCUGACGCCUGCAGCAGAGAGGGCGGCGCUGGCAGUGCCAUGGGGAGCAGCAGCAUAGGUGCGAGUGUGGCAUGCAGCAGCAGUGCAGCGGGCGCACAGGAGGGUGGCGUUGUGAGCUCGAGCACAGAGAAAGGGCAGGGACGGAGGGUGGGAUUCCUGUCAGAUCAGCCAGAGCAGCCGCCGCAGUCGCAGCCGCAGCCGCAGGCGCAGUCGCAGCAGCUGUCACAGAAGCAGGUGCAGCAGGCGAAGCAGCAGCAGGCAGCGGCGCGCAUGUCAGUGGAGGGGUGUCUGUUGGAGUUCAGUGCCGAGGAGGUGCUACGAGGCGACAAUGCUUGGGGCUGCGAUGGCUGCACCGCCAUCAGAAGGAAAGAGGCCAGGCGCAGGCGGAGGGAGGAGCGGAGAGGGAGGAAGGGGAAGGGCGGAGAGGGUAUGGGUGUGGUGGAUGGUGAAGGGGCGACGGGAGAAGGGACAGAGGGUGUGGCGGCGGUGAGUGGCGAGGCGGAUGAGGUAGUGGUGGUGGCAUCCAAUGCGACCGCAGUAGUUAGCUCUGCACAUGAUGGGAUUGAAAGAAACAAUGUGACUGCAGCGAACGGUGUGACUGCAGCAAAGGAUGUGACUGCAGCGAAGGAUGUGAUUGCAGAGAACGGUGUGACUGCAGCGAACGGUGUGACUGCAGCGAACGGUGUGACUGCAGAAAAUGUUGACCCUGCGGCGAAGGAUGCACCUGCAGCAGGCAGUGUGGCAGCAAUAGGCUGUUCCAGUGGCACUGAUGACAGCAGUCAUGUGGAAUGCAGAGUCGUGGAGCAUGUGACUGAUACUCCUGCCAUUCCUGCUGCUGCUCCUGCUGCCGCUGGUGUUGGCGGUGGGGCAGGAGACGAACAAGGGGAGAAUGAGGAGGAGGAGGCAGAGGAGGAGGAGGAGGGGGAGGAGGAGGGGGUGCGGGUGCGCAGUGAGGCUCGGAAGCGGUACCGGGUGAACAGGGCGCCGCCCUUGCUGGUGGUGCACCUCAAGCGCUUCCGCCACGACACGCGCGGCCGCCUCUCCAAGAUCAGUGGCCACGUGGCGUUCGGGGAGUGGCUGGACCUCAGCCCCUUUGUUGCCCCCCAGCCCCUGCCGUCGCACAUACCGGAGGCACCUCUAGCCAUGCAGACAGGUGGCGAGGCGCCAUUGGAUCGUGUGUUGGAGGACCAGUCUCAGGCCGAGGCCCAGGGUCGGUCCCACCGGUACCGGCUGUGUGGGGUGGUGGAGCAUAGCGGCACGAUGCGAGGCGGGCACUACGUGGCUUUUGUGCGGCGCGGCUGGCAGCAGCAGCAGCAGCAGCAGCAGCAGCAGCAAGAGGCUGGAGCGGAUGUGCACAGCAGUGGCGAAGCAGAGGCAGAAGCAUGCAGUGGAGCGGUGCUGGUGCAAGCAAGUAGGGCAGAGGGCAGCGGGGUCACAGGGCAGAUCAAUGGGGUUACUGCAGAGGGUGAUGGGGUGCUGGGGAAGGUGUGUGGUGGUGGGAGUGUAGGGCAGGCAGGGGAGAGUAGGGGAUGGGAGGGUGGGCAGUGGUGGUACAUCAGUGACACGCACACCCAGGCAUCUACCCUAGAGAGAGUGCUGCGCUGUGAAGCCUAUCUGCUCUUCUACCACCGCGUAGGGAGCUAG